AUGCGUACGAAUACAGUACCUUUGCACUUACACGCAGUCUUAGCUCCGGCUAAACUCGCUCGAGCCUCGAGGAGGGCAACUUGGUCUUUCUCCCGGCCGAUCAUACUGGGUAAUCUGAUAGAGGCAUGUCUCGGAUUGCCUAACUCGGUACUCCAGAGCCAUGGGGACCCUGGUUGGCCGAGACUGACCCAGACGACCACCAGGCCAACCCAGUCAACAGUCUGUCGUCUCGCCACUGGCGCGGCCCAUUUCCUUUCCGAGCAAGGCUCUCAUAGGAUGCUCGCCAUGAUACUGGACCUAGUUACGCUUCGACCCUUUGCUGCUCAACCAACCCCAGUUUAUCGUCACAUAUCACAUACAUGCAAGUACGACAACCUCCGUGUCGUAAGGACGAAACCAAGUCAGCCUAACGGCAUCAACGGCGCUGGUCCUGGGCAGAGGGCAGCCGAUCACUAUCCGAACAUCGCCGAGUUACUUCAUCACUUGAACGUUGGGAGCCUCUGCUACACCCGACCCCGUUUAACUUGA